AAGGCGGCGGGAGGCGCCCGACAAGAUGGCGGCGGCGCAGCGGUAGCUGCCGGAGCGGCGCCAGCGGGGCCCGAGCCGGGGCGCGGCGUCGCCCUCUCGCCGGCGGGCGGCCAUGGGCAGCGGCGCGGGGGAGGCCCCGCGGAGCCCCUGAGCGGCCGCGCCCCGAGCCCCGCUCCCCGCCGCCCUCGCCCCGUCGCCCCCCGCGGGCCGAGCCCGGGCCCGGGGCCGGGCCCGCACCAUGUCGGACACCCGGCGGCGGGUGAAGGUGUACACCCUCAACGAGGAUCGGCAAUGGGACGACAGGGGCACCGGGCACGUCUCCUCCACCUACGUGGAGCGCCUCAAGGGGAUGUCGCUGCUGGUGCGCGCCGAGGCGGACGGUUCGCUACUGCUAGAAUCGAAGAUAAAUCCAAAUACCGCGUAUCAAAAGCAGCAGGACACCUUGAUUGUUUGGUCAGAAGCAGAAAAUUAUGAUUUAGCACUGAGUUUUCAAGAAAAAGCUGGCUGUGAUGAAAUUUGGGAGAAAAUCUGCCAGGUUCAGGGUAAGGAUCCUUCAGUGGAAGUCACACAGGACCUUAUCGAGUCCGAAGAGGAACACAUAGAAGAAAUGCCUGAAACUAGUCCUUUGAUUGACCUUCCUUCUUGUGAACUCAACAAACUUGAAGAGAUUGCUGACCUAGUUACCUCUGUUCUCUCCUCACCCAUCCGUAGAGAAAAGCUAGCGCUGGCCUUGGAGAAUGAAGGCUACAUUAAAAAACUAUUGCAGCUUUUCCAAGUCUGCGAGAAUUUAGAGAACACAGAAGGCUUGCAUCAUUUGUAUGAAAUUAUUAGAGGAAUUUUGUUCCUCAAUAAAGCAACUCUGUUUGAGGUGAUGUUUUCUGAUGAGUGUAUUAUGGAUGUUGUUGGAUGCCUUGAGUAUGAUCCUUCUUUGGCUCAGCCAAAACGUCACAGGGAGUUCUUGACCAAAACAGCAAAAUUUAAGGAGGUUAUUCCUAUAACAGACUCUGAACUCAGGCAAAAAAUCCACCAGACUUACAGGGUACAGUAUAUUCAGGACAUCAUCUUGCCGACACCAUCUGUUUUUGAAGAGAAUUUUCUUUCUACCCUUACUUCCUUUAUUUUCUUCAACAAAGUUGAGAUUGUCAGUAUGUUGCAGGAAGAUGAAAAAUUUCUGUCUGAAGUUUUUGCACAACUAACAGAUGAAGCUACAGAUGAUGACAAACGAUGUGAAUUGGUUAACUUCUUCAAGGAGUUCUGCGCAUUUUCUCAGACAUUACAGCCUCAGAACAGAGAUGCGUUUUUUAAAACUUUGGCAAAGUUGGGAAUUCUUCCAGCUCUUGAAAUUGUAAUGGGGAUGGAUGACUUGCAAGUUAGAUCUGCUGCUACAGAUAUAUUUUCUUAUCUGGUAGAAUUUAGUCCAUCUAUGGUCCGAGAAUUUGUAAUGCAAGAGGCACAACAGAGUGACGACGAUAUCCUCCUCAUCAACGUGGUCAUUGAGCAGAUGAUCUGCGAUACUGAUCCUGAGCUUGGGGGAGCUGUGCAGUUAAUGGGGCUCUUGCGUACUUUGAUAGAUCCAGAGAAUAUGUUGGCCACAGCUAAUAAAACAGAAAAAAGUGAAUUUCUCAAUUUCUUCUACAACCAUUGUAUGCAUGUUCUUACCGCACCACUUCUGGCAAAUACAUCAGAAGAUAAAUGUGAAAAAGAUGCAGUAGUUGGGUCCACUAAGAGUAAUACAAUUUGUCCUGAUAAUUAUCAAACGGCACAACUACUUGCCUUAAUUUUGGAGCUGCUCACUUUCUGUGUGGAACACCAUACGUAUCACAUCAAGAAUUACAUUAUGAACAAAGAUUUGCUAAGAAGAGUACUGGUCUUGAUGAAUUCAAAACAUACAUUUCUGGCCUUGUGUGCUCUUCGCUUUAUGAGGAGGAUAAUAGGCCUAAAAGAUGAAUUUUAUAACCGUUAUAUCACCAAGGGAAAUCUGUUCGAACCAGUUAUAAAUGCUCUGUUGGAUAAUGGAACUAGGUACAAUCUGCUCAAUUCUGCUGUGAUCGAACUGUUUGAAUUCAUCAGAGUGGAAGAUAUUAAGUCACUUAUUGCACAUAUAGUUGAAAACUUUUAUAAUGCACUUGAAUCUAUUGAAUACGUUCAGACAUUCAAGGGAUUGAAGACAAAAUAUGAGCAAGAAAAAGACCGGCAAAACCAGAAACUAAACAGUGUUCCAUCUAUAUUGCGUAGCAAUAGAUUUCGCAGAGAUGCAAGAGCCUUAGAGGAGGAUGAAGAAAUGUGGUUCAAUGAAGAUGAAGAGGAAGAAGGUGAAGCUGUCGUACCUCCAGUUGAAAAGUCAAAACCAGAGGAUGAUUUUCCAGAUAGCUAUGAAAAAUUUAUGGAAACUAAAAAAGCUAAAGAGAGUGAAGACAAAGAGAAUCUUCCCAAAAGGACUUCAGCUGGGGGUUUCAAGUUCACUUUUUCCCACUCAGCCAGCGCAGCCAAUGGUGCAAACAGUGCAAACAGCAAAUCUGUGGCAGCUCAGACAUCACCAGCAAGCUCCAAUGGCUCCUCUUCAAAGAACGCAACCCUGACCACAGCAGUGACAGCCACAAAGGGAAGUCUAGUUGGUCUAGUGGAUUAUCCUGAUGAUGAAGAUGAUGAUGAAGAGGAAGAGACAUCUCCAAGGAAAAGACCUCGUCUGGGUUCAUAAAAGAAACCAAAACUUUGGAAUAAGAACUUUUAUUACGGGGUUUCAAAUGCUGCAACUGUUUUAAGAGCUAAAAAGAAUCUGAUUCAGAAAGCUUUCUCCCAUGAGUAUGUAAGAUAAUACAAGGAGUAGCAAAAGAAACUCGGUAUAUGAGCUAGAAAGGGUUAGUUCUGUAAACACAAGGCUUCUGAGGAACUUAAUAUCUUUCUAGUAAAUAAGGAGGCUGCCAUUCAGGCUGUCAAUAAAAAAAAUAAAAUAAAAAAAAAAAGUGGGUUAGCAUUCACAGAACCUGGAUGAUGGCUUCUCAGCGAGGAAAGUCUCAGGUGUUGGGAGGGCAUGGGGAGGGAAAGGUAAGGUAAACUUCUUUUUAAAUAUUGCAGGGUUUCCCCAGUGUUAAGCAGAACUAGGAAAAAGAAUUCAAGCUUAAAUUUUGAACCCAGUAAUCUUAAUUUUGUAAUGGUGCUGUCAGUUGUGUUCUUUUAGCAAUGCCUCUUUUAAAAAAAAUAAAAAAUUAAAAAAAAUAUUAAGGUAAAACUAACUGUAUUUGCAUAAGAACAAUCCAGAUUUUGGGACCAUUUAUUACAAAUUGAAUUUCUCAUGGUUGGAAGGAGGGACACUGCAGUUAUAGUGCAUGUUGAGUUGUUUAAAAGUUAAAAAAUAAGUAAGUUUUAAUUUGUAUUUUUAAAGAAGAGAAAACGGAAGCUGGAUUCAAAAUGGAUGGUUUUGCUUGUUUUUUCAAUUAGAUAUCCAGUAAUAUCUAUGCCAAGGAAUGACUGCUUCCAAAGUAUCUCCAGGAACUGCUUGUGUCACACUGGUGCUUUACACGGCACACUCGAAUAGCUGUCGGCUUCUUGUUGUGCCGAAUUUGAAUCACUUUCCGCUUUGUUAAAAUGAGCUCUCUCUUCUCAAAGCAGCAAGGGAUUUUCCUGUUUGCAAGUUUAAAUCGCAUAAUUGAGGUGGUAAUAAGAAACACUAACAGGUUUUUAAUAGUGAUGAAUUUAGUGGUGUUUAACAUCAAACUCAUUUUGGACCAAGAUGAAAUUAUUACUAGCAGGACACCAGUCGGUGAGGCAGAAUCAACAAGCAGCACCUAAAUCUGGGUGCAAGAUGAAAGCUGCUUUUUUAAAAAUAAAAGCACAUUCCAUGUAGGUAAACAAACUGCAAGAAAAAUAGGUAAGUUGAUAGAGGCAAACAGUCCAGGUUUUAUUUUCAAGAGCAGGAAGUGAACUGUAAAUAUUUUAAUGUUAGUUUGCCCAUAUGUGAUCUAAGAUCAUGAAGAAAUAAGAGGAAACUUCCCAACAAUUGAUGUCAAAUGUUUUUUAAAAAAAUAUGAAAACAGCUGCAAUCCACCACAUAGAUCACUCUUGUAAUGUGUUAUGGGUCCAUUUCUCCUGGAAUAGUUUAAACUGAAGCAGUUUCUCUGUUUUGGAGAUUUUGUAGUUAAUUUUAAUUUUAGCUAUUGUUUGGAAAAAGAUGGGCUGUCUGUGUAGAUAUGAAGUAUAGUUUUUCCAUAAAACAGAAGUUUAUUUUGUAUUAAAAAUACCACUGUACUUGUUUUACACCAUUUGUAUACAUGUGGUGAUAUUAAUGCUGAACUGUAAAAUUCAGGAAUUAAAAUGUGACCCUGUAAUUCCA